AUGACCCGGCUUGGUCAGCGUGCAUUGGGUGGCAUGCAACGCGUGGCUGGGAGAGCGAGUCAGUUAUCGCCGUCACAUAAGAAAGGACCGGCAGCUACAACCUCAUCAAACUGCGAGGUCUACAAUAUAGGUCCUUUCCAUUCUGAAGAAAGCUUAGAAGAAGUAGCCGAAGUGGCACACGACCAACAAAUUUGUGCAGACGAGGCUGUCGCAAUGACUGAUCACCAAUUUUUGUUCGAUUUUGAAGACUUAGAUACCAGUGGCUUCAAUAAUUUUGUGACGGACCCCAUGUUUCAAGACAUCGACGAUCAACUGGGAAAUUUUUUAAAUAUCAAUAUUCCCAAAUGUCCUUCGGACUCUGCCUUUAUCAACCCGGACACGAUGUGGAACCCUGAUGAGUUUGACUUUUCUUGUCUUUAG